CAGCUAAAAUUUCCUAUCGCCAUUCCGCAUGUUGUUGGGGUCCACGGUUCAGUUGAGUCGAAAUUUAUUCACGGUGUUCUGUGUCCAUGGGUUCCCAUCAAAUUCGGUUAUCUGCGCUUGGACGCGACGUGCAAGUUGGAAAUGUUUAUAACUAUUAUUCCGACGACAUAUUCAAUUGCAGAGUCAUAGUGCCCCAGGAAUCCAUAUCAAUCAACAAGAAAUUACCUGAAACAGCUAAGUGGUUUCAUCUGCCUCAAUCCAUCCCUUUGAAGUAUGAACUCUACGAAGCCUUAUGCAUCAAUUCGCACCUGCGCAUCAGCAUUGAAAACAAAUUUGUGGACUUGAGCCAACUUUGGUUCGGUGAUUUUCUGGAAUCAAACCAAGCAGCAGAAGAAGACAACAAUGGAGCUCAAGUCAAUUUCGUUUUCCGAGUCUGCCGACAAAUCGAAGCUCUUUGUCCAAAAUUCAUCGACUCGAAACUGAACGAAUACCAGUUCAGUGGCGGUUUAGUAACUCAUUUGGUGGAGCAGGUUAUCUACGGGGCCGAAUUUAUCUGUUCGCUGCAAAGAACCAUCGAUCGCCAGCACGAAACGAAGGAGAAAGCGGAAAGAAACCUAUACUUGGCAGCCGAAGAAUACUUCAAUAUGAUUUUCGGUCGGAACUCCGUUAGUCCAGAUUUACCUGCAGCUUUAGACAAGGUUCAAUGUAAAAUCCUAAGCAGCCUCAAUCCUGGCAAAGAAGUUGAUGGAUCUUUCCAGCAAUCCAUUCAGUAUCUUAUUGAUGCGAUAAGUUUUGAUAAGGAAGACAGUCACUGGAGACCUGUUGAAAUCACUUUACGAAAUAUCCCGGAACAAAUGGAAGCUCGACGUCGGUUAGAAAUGGAGAAUGAUGUCAUCUGGAGAUGCGAUAUGCGUGAAGUCACGUUUGAUCGGAUUUUGGAUUUUGGAGCUGCUGCAUUUAAUGAUCCUCAUUUUAAAAUAUUUCCUCAAUUCAACAUUGUUAUAUCCCAGUUCUCUUGUUUGGUAGAACCACUUAUGCGGAAAAUUCAGAGACUUCACGAGACAUUAAUAACGACGACUAAUCCCGAACGAAACCUUGAAGAAAGACAAAUCUCCAACUUACUCCGUGAUAUGUUGUAUUGGAUGUUUAACCUACGUUCUGAAAUGGACAAGAUUUUUUGGCUAAUCGAAGGCAUCCAAUUGAAAAUGUUGGAUUUGGCAAAGAUUGAGAUGCUUACGGCAACCAACAAACUAAAUCGAGCCAAAGUGUUUGUGUUGAGAGCCGAAUUCUAUCCAAGUCCGCUAAUUGAGUCCGUUUAUGCAUAUAUUGGUAAUCCUUCGGCAAUAAUUGCCCCUCUUCCGGUCCUUCCGAUACUUUCGGGUGACAAAAGGCAACUCCAAAAAAUUAGAGAAGAAUUACAACAAUUUUCUGCAGAAGCGCAAGCGAAUUCUUUGCUGGAUCAAGAGGAGCUGCGACAUCGCUACUAUAUUGGAAUAACUUCUGAAUAUCCGCAUUUGACUGACGGUACAAUAAUAACUUUUGGAGACUACAAGAAAGAAAAUGAUUCCCCGAGGAAACAACAACAAGGAACUGGAAUUAAGCAAGAAAGACCAUUUUCAGGUGCUGAAGUGAAUCUUUCUACCGAAGUUUGUCUAUCCAUGGAGCAAAGAAACAACUCGAUCGUUACGUCGCCGGAGUCGAGCGCCGACACGAAAGUCGUUCAUCAUCAGUCGUUGAAAUCGCCUCAAAUGAAUCAGGCUAGUGGACUGAACCAACCGGAUGAUGAAGGCCGUCUGGUUGACGAGGAAGAUACGACAUCUGAAUUUUUAGUCGACUGCAUGCAAGCCCAUUGUAGUGUAGGAGUUUUGCGUCGUUCUUCGUUCCCGAGAUUUUAACGAGUGAGAUGGUAUCCUUCAACUUGGCCGACAUCUAACUAGUCUGGUACAAUUGCUUGGCGUUUAUAUUGUCUUUAUUAUUUUCAGAAAUCUCAGUAAAUUAAUGUUUGCAUAAAACAAUUGUAAAAAUGUCUUAAACCAUCACAUCGCAAAUCGGAGCGGAACCUUCCGUAUCGGAAGUCGGAACAAACGGAAAAGAAUCUUAAAAUAAAGUUACAAAAUUGAUUAUAGUUGUUCGUUAGUUCCAGAGGUUAUCAAAUUAUAUCGAAAUGAGAUUUUCCAUCCUCUGUAAAUGUUCACCAAAUGGGCAAUGAGUUAUUGUAAAUACUUCAUGGUUGCAAAUGCAGUUUAUUACAAGUUUAUAUAUUACAA